AAAAUGUAUAUAUUGGCGUAAUAAACAAUGUAUUUUCCAUAAAUUAGUUUAUUUAUUGUUUGGUAUUUAUUGUGGAAGGGUUGUUAUUUCUUUAAAACAGAAAUGCCGAAAGGACAAGUAGCCAGCAAUAUAAAAUAUGAAAUGCAAUACGUGUCCCGAGAGAAAAGGGCCCAAAUCUUAGGCCAAGGCCAAAAGGUAUUUCGAGGAUGUACCGUCUGGUUUACUGGACUGUCUGGAGCUGGAAAAACUUCCAUAUCCUUUGCCUUGGAAGAAUACCUUGUUUCUAAUGGAAUUCCCGCGUACAGCUUGGAUGGGGAUAAUGUGAGAACCGGCCUUAAUAAGGACCUGGGCUUCUCCAAAGAGGACAGAGAAGAAAACAUUAGAAGAAUAGCAGAAGUCGCUCGACUAUUUGCUGAUGCCGGCCACAUAUGCUUAUGCAGUUUUGUAUCACCUUUUAAAGCAGAUAGAAGAAAUGCCAGAAAAAUUAUUGAAGGGGCUAAUUUACCAUUUUUUGAGGUUUUCGUUGACACGCCCAUCGAUGUUUGUGAGGAAAGAGAUGUUAAAGGGCUGUAUAAAAAGGCGAGACAGGGCCUUAUUAAAGGCUUUACAGGGGUGGACCAGGACUAUGAAAAGCCUGAAAAUCCAGAGGUAGUACUAAAAACUACCAGCAAUACUAUAAACGAAUCCGUGCAGCUUGUGCUUGAAUCUUUAUAUGAAAAUGGUAUUCUACCUAAAAAAUACUGCCAUUUGGAAACCAAUUCUAUAGAGAAUCUACUUAUUACUGACAAUUCUCCCAAGAAUAUGCAUAAUCUUCCCAGAAUCGAGUUAACAAAAUUAGAUCUUCAAUGGCUCCAAGUUCUCAGCGAGGGCUGGGCCAGUCCCCUAAAAGGCUUUAUGAGAGAAGACGAGUAUCUCCAAGUACUCCACUUUAACACCCUGAAUAUAAAUGGCAAAAGAAUCAAUCAAAGUAUACCAAUUGUCCUUACAAUAACUACAGAGACCAAGGAAAAGAUUGGAAAUAGUGAUUUGGUGGCUUUAUACUAUCAUGAUGAAUUAUAUGCACUUUUAAAAAGUCCGGAGAUUUAUUUUCAUAGGAAGGAAGAGAGGGUUGCUAGACAAUUUGGAACUACUCAUCCCGACCAUCCAUAUAUUAAGUUAAUCAAAGAAUCAGGUGACUGGUUAAUUGGUGGUGACAUCCAAAUGUUUAAGAAAAUUACUUGGAACGAUGGUCUGGAUAAAUAUAGACUCACUCCAAAGGAGUUGAAAGAAAAAUUUAAAAGCCUUGGAGCUGACGUAGUGUUUGCUUUUCAAUUAAGAAACCCCAUCCAUAAUGGGCAUGCGUUGCUUAUGAAAGACACUCAUCGUCAAUUAAAGGAGAAGGGUUAUAAAAACCCUGUUUUGCUCCUUAACCCUUUGGGAGGCUGGACAAAAGAUGACGAUGUGCCCUUGCCAAUUAGAAUGGAACAACAUCAAGCGGUCCUGGAAGAUGGUGUUCUGGAUAAAAAGUCUACAGUUUUGGCAAUAUUUCCUAGCCCGAUGAUGUAUGCUGGUCCUACAGAGGUCCAGUGGCAUGCUAGAGCUAGAAUGAUAGCUGGUGCAAACUACUAUAUAGUGGGUCGCGAUCCAGCUGGUGUACCACAUCCAGAAGGAAAAGCCGCCACUCCAGAUGGGAACUUGUAUGAUUCCACUCAUGGAUCUAGAGUCUUAAAGAUGGCUCCAGGGCUAGACAAUUUAGAAAUUAUACCUUUUAGGGUAGCCGCUUAUGAUAUCACUAAGAAAGCCAUGGACUUUUUUGAUCCUAAACGCAGUGAGGAUUUUGACUUUAUUUCUGGAACGAAGAUGAGAAAGUUUGCCAGGACUGGCGAGAAUCCACCAGAGGGUUUUAUGGCUCCUAAAGCGUGGCAAAUAGUAUCAGAUUACUACCUCUCUUUGCAGAAGACAAAAGAGUAAAUGCUCAAUAUCAUAGAUAUAUUAUUACCUAUGUUUAAGUUUUAGUAUUUCUUUCAGUGAUAUUUUUAAAUAUAUUUUAUCGAGCGUUUUAUAAAU